AGUGAGAGUAGGAGGAGGAGGAGAAAGCAGCAGCAGCAGCUGCCUACACUGACUCAGAAGUCGGUAACAGACUGGACAGAGGCUCUCGGCAAGACUACAACUCUCGCUGCCAGUGAUUUUUAUUGCUCAACAACACUUUUGUGAUUUUUAAAAACAUUUUUAUUAUUAUUAUUAUUAUUAUUAUUAUUAUUAUUAUUAUUAUUAUUAUUACAGUACCGUAGAAGGACUCAUUUUCCACAUUUGGAUACCGCGUUUGCUCUCCUUUUUUUUUUUUUUUUUUUACGCAUGACAUCACCGGCUGCAUUCCCGGAGUGACAGCCGCACGCGCAGGGAUCGCUGCAGCAUUCCGUUGACAAGACUUUAAACUAAUUUGAGCUGUCCGCACCGCUCGACUGCCGGAGCCAUGUUUUCCAAAGCCACUGCCAACCUCGUCUGUCAGAUUGACCCCGAAGGAAGCCUCAUCCCCGUGUCCCGAUUAAAUGACUCGGACAAACUCAACACCGGUACACUUGUCAUCAAACGCAAGCGCCCCUGGUUCUGGCAGAGACCCAAGUACCAACCGACAGACUUCACCCUCAGCAACUUGUUGCUGGGUGAAGAGGUGCUCACUCCUGAUGUGUCUGACAAAGAAUUCCUCACCUACAAGGGCACAUUUGGAGACACACUCUCUGGGGAGCUGGAAUCGGAAGUUGGGGCCCUCAAUGUCACAUUUAAGGGUCGGGGCGCUUCCAAGCUCCAGUCGUUCUUUGGGAAGCUGAAGAAAGAGGAACUGGACGUGAAGAAGCUGUUAAAUGACUCAGAUCACAGGUGUGUGGAUAUGCAGCAUUUGCUGAUGAAACAGAUAGAGAAGCAUGCCGAGGUGCUGGCAAUAGUGAAGGAGAGGAUCAUCACCACCGACACCUGCUCCAUCACCCAGACAAAAACGGGCCAGUGCACUGUUCAGGGGGUGCUCGGCCUGAUCAGCAUGUUAGGGGAUUCCUUUAAGGUGUGUGUGAAGGACAGCAACAACAUGGAGCUGGACAGCGAUGUCUCCUUGGAGAUCCCCUCUGGCACAGUUAUUGCAUACGGUGUCCUGGAGCUGGACAUUAAACAGGAUGGACAGUACGAUAUCUGCCUGCGACCCAGCGCCACAGGAGGCAUCGAGGCCGACUCGCUGUCACUGAGCGAGCCGGCCGAUGACUUUCUUGACAUGGUGGACAGCAAGCUCAACGGGCAGAAUGCUCCAGAGACGGUGGCGCUGAACUCACGUCAAUAUGUAUCAGAGAAGGAGGCCCUUUCUCCUCUGGCAGAGCUCCCUCAGUCAACUCGAAGUGCCUUGAUGAAGAAUCUCCAGGAGACUCUGAGGGACAGAGCUGCUCUGUCAUAUCUGCAGUGUGAGCUUGAAGAGAGGUACAUGUCCAUCAUGGAAGAGCAGCUGGAGACAGAACUCGUCUCAGACAGUCACGGUGAAAACGGCCAAGCCUCACCAACAGCUCACCUCAGUGCACUUCAUCUGUUGGUUAGUGCCAUGGAAGAACUACCAGAUGAAGCUCUGUCCCUUCUGAGUGAAAGUGGCCCUGAACUCCUGCAGGCCCUAGACACGCUGAUGUGCACUCUAGCGGAGCCUCUAUCUAUCCCGUCUCUUCCCGCCCCGCUGCAGGACAGCCAGGCCUUCCAGCUGGCACAACGGCUGUUGGGCUCCAUCAAGGUGACACUAAGGAGAGACACCAACAAGCUGUGGACGGACAGAAGAGAUGACGCAAGAGCCCUUCUGUGUGUCCUCUGUCUCAGCGUACAUGGGUUGUCCUUGUUGACCAGCACGUUGAAUUAGAAAUAAGUCAUAAUAUCUGCAUGUGCACUUGUUUUUUGUUUGUUCUUUGUUGUAAAAGUAUAAGCUGCGAUUAACUGAAGUUCACUUCACGUUGUAUAUGGUUGUGGAUAAACUCAUAUACACAAUGCUGUUAUUGUGGUGCAGUGCUAAGUUUAAUACAUACAUCUGCCCAACAAAUUGUUAUUGUUUGGUAUAACUCUAGUUAUUUUUUAUAACUUUUUUAACUAAAAAUAGUGAAUUAUCUUACUCACAGAUGAAUGCCAUCCUUAAAUGUCUGUUGUUGUCAAGAUUUUUUUAUUUCAUAUUCUGCUACACUGCGCCGCCGCUGCUGCUGCUAUAAAUAUAUAUGAAGUAUUUGACAUUCCCUAAAAUAGUGCAAUGUUUUAAAAAAGCUGUAUUUAUGUUUUGUGUUUGUUUUUUUUUGUUAGUUUUUUUCCACAGAUCUGCAAUUAGGUUAACAAUGUUACUCACACAUUGUAAUUUAUUGUUUCUUUCAUGCUAUAUUAACUCACACGAAAUCUCUGUGUGAUGCCACUUUCAAAGCUCCUCACUUUCCUUUUACAGGAAUUAACCAUGAAGCUUUUUGUUUUACAUGAACAGCAAUUGACAAUUAUUGUGAAGAAAAAUAAUGAAAGUGUAUUAAUCCUUUUUAAAGUUUGUAUUUUUAUACACUAUAGUCAAUAAAGUUUUUUUUAUAAACGUU